UGCUUUAUGAUCACAGUGCAUCAACAACAGUUCUCCCAAUCAGAACCUAUUCGGACGAAAGGUGAUAAUUUGCUAAAGCAAAAAAAUAACAGAAAUACAAGUACUGUGAGAUUUCGCAAACAAUAUUAACAAUGGCAAAGCUAUUGAUAGUUAGUCUGUGCUUGAGUGUUUUUGUUUUGAUGCUGACUCCAGCCAAUGCGGCACCUUCAGAGAGUUUGUCAGCCGAAGUUGAGGGCGACGACCUCUCCACAGCAGACAGUAUUGGCUAUGGAUACUAUGUACCCUCGGUUUCCUCCUAUUACAGUCCCUAUUACGGCGGCAGCAGUUACUAUAAAUACGGCGGAUACAGUGGAUAUGGAUAUGGUGGCUACCGAGGCUACGGACGCUACUAUCGUCGUCCCAUUUAUCCAGUUUGGGGUUAAGCAUUCGACUUGAACAAUGGCAACAAAUUGAAAUGAUGAUUUUAGUGUACAAAUGUAGUAUUAUUCCUGUUGAUCAUUUUGUAACCAAACUAACAACCAAAUAAAUUAUAUAUCUUUAGCAAUCAAUUUAAA